AUGAACGCUUCGUGGAAGGAGCUGAAAGAGGGUCCCCUGCAAUCUAUGUUUGAUCUCCCGGAAGACGAGGAGAAACCGGAAAGAUUCGAAGAAUCUCUAGAGCGACUUGAGGCUCACAUCAAGUCGUUGAGCGUCGAGGAGGAAGUUUUGUCUGUGAAUUCAGUUGCCAUCCGAGGCCUCAUACAGUGGCUGAAGGUUGCUCGAGUGGGGUUUUUUGGCUGGAUGUUUCAGGUCACGAAUAUGUUCAUUUCAUUGCUGGCAAGAAAAGAACCUUUCGCUCUGGUGAUAUUUGCUUACUCUUGCGUUAUGCUGAAACACGGGGAGCCCAGCUAUUGGAUCGAUCAGUGGCCGAAGGAAACUUGGAAUGACUGGUUUAUUGAGCUGUCAAAAUGA